AGAACAUUAAUAAAUACACGUGCAGUCCCCAGAAUGACCACAAGGUGUCGCGCUUGGGCUGCAAUGUUGCUCUUGCCAGCGGGCGGAUGAAACGCGGUUUAUUUUUAGGAGAAUAUCAAAAAAUGCACAGCGUGUUCAAAGUUGGGUUUCUUUUUCCCUCGUAACAAACGCGUGUGCCCUUCCUCUCGUGUACAGUCAGGUUUCCGGAGAGUUUCUUUAUAAUAAUUAAUUACACUGACGCGCUUCUAACAGCGGCAGCGGAACGCAUUUCCCCUCAACAGCAUUUGGUUUCCCAACGGACGCAAUUGAAAGCGGUGCACAGCGUGUUUCUCGUUGGUUUGCAGACCUGACCUUUGUAGCCCAACCGUGCAAAACAAAUCAACACAACCCAAAAGCCUUCACAGCAUCGCAGCUGUAUCCCAGCUCUCCGAUUUCACUGCGAGCAGUUCCUUCACUCGUCCUGUCCCCGGCGCGAUGCGGCUCACUCUCCCGGCUCUGAUCGCUCAUGGCCGGUAUGGGCGGAGGAUGGGUCUCGGUCCGGAGUCUCGGAUCAAUAUGCUUCGGAACAUUUUAACCGGGCUGGUCAGACACGAACGGAUUGAGACGACGUGGGCCCGAGCCGAUGAAGUUCGGAUAUACGCUGAAAAGCUGAUCGGCUACGCGAAGAAAGGCGACACGGACGAGAAGGCGAUGAAGAUGGCCAGCUUCUGGCUCACAGAGAAGGAUCUUGUGCACAAACUCUUCAAGGUUCUGGUCCCGCGGCUGGGGUCCGAGCAACACGGAUACACGCGGGUCUUCCAGAUUCCGAACCGAGACUCGCUGGACAGGGCGAAGAUGGCCGUGCUGGAGCUGCGGGGCAACCCCUUCCCCCCGCUGGUCACCCGCCAGCCCGACAGCAACGGCACGCUGCUGAACCAGCUGCUCUGCGGCUACCGCCAGGAGGUGACCCGGAGCAGGGCUGCUGGGGGAGACUGACCCCCAGGAGGAGAGCGCUGCACUGCACAGGUUACUGAGGGAGAGAGACUGGACAUAAAUCUAGCAAUAAAUAAGAGAAAUGCUUUGGGGAUGUGUGUGCGUGUGUGUUUUUGGUUCUACAGACAUAAAAUGAACUUGAUCGACACACUGAAGUAGUGGAAGUAAAUAGGAUUAAACUGAAAGAGCCCUCUAGUGGACACUUACCGUAUUGACACUAGAGCUACGGUCAAAAGGUUAGCAUCACUUGGAGUUUUAUAAUUGAGACGCAAUUUUAAAGAAAAUAAUAAUAAAAACGAUAUGAACGUAA